AUGGCUACUUCCAUAACCAAUGGCCGUCCGGCAGCGGUGCGGUCUCGCAACAUAGCCAUCCUUAGUAUUGCUGCUGUUUUAGCAGGGAGUUGGCUCACAUUUCGUGCGCAAUCACCCAACAAGUCCGAUCCUUUAUUAUCCGAACAUGACAAAAAGACGAUGGUUGGGGGGCAGACAGGAGAGAACAAAGUUGGACGAGCCCCAUUGACGAAGACAAACGACAAGCCCUAA